UCAACACUAAUCAAGUAUGAAGAAGCACCAUUACCUAGUUAUCUCUUUGCCUGCACAAGGCCACGUAAACCCCACUCUCCAAAUGGCCAAGAACCUUGCACGCGCCGGUGCACGCGCCACCUUUGUCACAACCCUUUACGGCCUCAAACGAAUGAACAACCUUCCAACACAAGAAAGGUUAUUCUAUUCCUCCUUCUCCGAUGGUUACGACGACGAUUGGAUGUCGAACACUGAUCACACUGAUUAUAUGAAUAAUUUAAAGCACGAGGGAUCAAAAAACCUCAAAAAUCUCGUUCGAAAAUUUUCCGACGAGGGUCACCCCGUUACGUUCUUUGUUUACACUAUUCUCCUACCUUGGGUUGCUGUGGUGGCGCGUGACUUACACGUGCCGUCGGCUUUUCUGGUCAUUCAGUGUGGUACUGCUUUGGCUAUUUAUAACCAUUUGUUUAAUUCUACUAACGGAGUUUAUGGUUCCGUUGGUGAUAUUACUGUUACACCCUCAUUUCCAAUUGAAUUUCCAGAAUUACCCCUAUUUUCAUGCAAGGAUAUUCCUACCAUAGUUUUACCUAAUGCUCCUCACUCCUCUGUCAUGAUACCUAUAAUGAGAGAACACAUCCAAAAUCUUGAAAAUGAUCCUAACUCUUGUGUUCUAAUCAACACUUUCGACGCGUUAGAAGAAAAAUCCAUGAGAAUUGUUGAUAAAUUGAGAAUUUUUUCAGUUGGUCCUUUGGUUCCAUCUGCUUUUUCUGAUGGAAAUGACCCUAAAGACAAGUCUUUUGGAUGCGAAUUAUUUGAAAAUCGCGAAAAAAACUAUCGUCAAUGGUUGGAUUCAAAACCCGAGGAUUCUGUUAUAUACGUAUCAUUUGGUAGCAUCGCAGUAUUAAAGAAAGAGCAAAAAGAAGAGAUUUUGCAUGGAUUGUUGGAAAGUGAAAGGCCAUUUUUAUGGGUGAUGAGAAAAGGGAAAGAAGAGGUAGAAGAAGGGAAUAAUUACAAGAAUGAAUUUGAUGAUAUUUUGCUAAAUGAAAAAGGUAUAAUUAUACCAUGGUGUGCACAAAUGGAAGUACUAUUUCAUAAGUCUAUAGGGUGUUUUGUGACGCAUUGCGGAUGGAAUUCGACUUUAGAAAGUAUGUUCGCUGGUGUGCCUAUUGUGGGAUGUCCACAAUUUUCUGAUCAAACAACAAAUGCCAAAAUGGUGGAAGAAGUUUGGGGAAUAGGAGUUAGAGCAAAUGCAGUGGAAGGAGUUGUGGGGAGGGAAGAGUUGAAAAGUUGUUUGGAAAUUUUGAUGGGAAACGGAGAGAAAGGAGAAAAGAUUAAAAGGAAUGUGAAGAAAUGGAGUGAUUUGGCUGUGGAAGCUGUGAAAAUAGGAGGUUCUUCACAUGAUAAUCUCAAGAAAUUCUUAGAGGGUUUGUGA